CAAAUAUUUUUAGUUUUUAUACACAAAAUAAUGUAGUCCGAAUAUGUAAGAGAUAUACGAAAUUUUCUUUUACAAUAUCCUUCAAACGUUAGACUCCAUCUCACAUGGUGGAAAAAUAAAACACUAGUGCAGUCCGUUCUUAACAGAUGUCGCUCAUCCGAUCAUAACCCCUCAUCUCUCAGAAUCUACCCACUUCCGAGUUCCGAGCCCUGUCGGUCUCCGCCGCGAGAAAUCGUGCGCGCGUGCCAUCGUUCCUAUCUGCCGCUGCCUGCUGUUCGUGAACGGACGUUCGAGUGCGAGUGUACAGUUCAUCUGUCCGAGGGAUGGCCGCGAUGCUGUCCAAUUGUUCGCGGCUUGUGCCACGCGUGAUCACGCGGAGUAGCGUGUUGCGGGCCGAGGUUGCGAGAUCGUUGUAUAGUCAAGGACGUACUGUAGUUAUCCAUGCUGAGCAUGUAGCCAAUACCAAAUCUCUGUUAUGCAAAAAGUACAAGGCAAACCAUUUUUGGCUAAAUCAAGCAAGACAUAUACGUUCAACUUCAGCACUAUGGGAGAUCAGGGAAGUUGUAGUUCCCCCAUUUGCCGAAAGUGUGAGUGAGGGCGAUGUGAGGUGGGAAAAGAAAGUUGGCGAUCAGGUGAAGGAAGACGAUGUCCUUUGCGAGAUCGAAACGGACAAGACUUCGGUUCCUGUGCCGGCGCCUGGAUCCGGCGUCAUAAAGGAGCUUUUCGUUAAGGAUGGCGAUACCGUGAAACCGGGACAAAAAUUAUGCACCAUUGAUAUUGGUGCAAUCGCUGCAGCUGCCCCAGAAAAAGAGCCACCUGCAGCACCUGCGGAAGCGCCACCACCAACACCAACCGCACCACCACCUCCGCGUGCAGCUCCAUCACCACCGCCGCCGCCGCCGCCACGACCUACGACACCAUCAAUUCCUCCAAGCACUCAACCACCACCUCAGCAGGCUCCUACCGUGUCGAUGCCUGUAGCGGCCAUUAAACACGCCCAGUCACUAGAAGGCGCAAAAGUACAGCUACCUCCCGCCGAUUAUACACGUGAGAUAAUCGGCACUAGGACAGAGCAACGAGUGAAAAUGAACAGAAUGCGCUUGCGUAUCGCGGAACGAUUGAAGGACGCACAGAACACGAAUGCUAUGUUAACCACAUUCAAUGAAAUUGAUAUGAGUCGCAUUAUUGAGUUCCGAAAGAUGCAUCAAGAAUCGUUCAUGAAAAAGUAUGGCAUCAAACUUGGUUUCAUGAGUCCGUUUGUCGCGGCUAGUGCCUAUGCUUUAAAAGACCAACCUGUGGUGAACGCCGUGAUAGACGGCACCGACAUAGUAUAUAGAGAUUACGUAGAUAUUAGCGUGGCCGUCGCGACACCAAAGGGACUUGUUGUGCCGGUACUUCGCAGCGUAGAGAACAAAAACUUUGCCGAGAUUGAAAUUGCCCUGGCCGCUUUAAGCGAGAAGGCAAGAAAAGGAAAGAUCACAGUUGAGGACAUGGACGGUGGUACCUUCACGAUAAGCAAUGGUGGUGUUUUCGGCUCGAUGUUGGGAACUCCCAUCAUUAAUCCACCGCAGAGCGCGAUUCUCGGUAUGCACGGUGUUUUCGACAGACCGAUUGCCGUUAAGGGAGAGGUUGUCAUUCGACCAAUGAUGUACGUGGCUCUAACGUACGAUCAUCGGCUGAUCGACGGACGCGAGGCUGUGAUGUUCCUGAGGAAGAUCAAAGCCGCUGUGGAAGAUCCUAGGAUUAUCUUGGCUGGCCUUUAAUAACUUGAGACAUGCUUAUCACGCGCGUUAAUGCGUGUGUUAACGAUACGUACGAUCACUGUGGAUAAAUAAGAGCGCGACAGAGAGUCUGGAAACUCGACCGAGAGUCUUCCCGCUCCGGAAAUCUAUAAUCAUUGAAACGUUUCGUAAGAAACAUUUGUUGAUACUUUGUUUCGAACGCCGUCAAUCUCCAAAUCGCACGUGGAAUGACGCGACAAGUGCAGUCACAAUAAGCACACGAACUAGUCCUAUUUAUUAUCUCGAAUUGCAGCGAAAAGUGUAUUUUAUUUUACACCUCAGUUAAUACAUUGUAGAACCGACGUAAUUUUUUUUUUAUUGAAAUUUUUUCACUACAGAUGACAAUUAGCCGGACCGAUAGUCGCGUUCUCAUGAACAUUUGUAUUUUCCGUUUUCUCUGUUCACGCUCAAUCAAUGUCGAGGGCGAGGCACAGAGAGAAGCUAGAGAUCGAGAAAAGCUAGAAGGUACUUACUUUAAGUACUCUAGAUGUAGAUCCACAAGCUAAAAUAAAAUCUCACCAAUCUAAGUCUCUUUAGCGUUGUUGAAUUGUGCGUCACUGUAGGAUAUAAGUAACGUGACUCUCAAUUGAGUUAUUUAAAUAUAUGAAGGAAUGAUAUUACUGUUUGCACUUGUGCGUUAUAGCAUCUUGAGAUUAUCUCAUCGCACGUGGAACGACUUUCGCACCUCGAAAGGGAAAGCGGAAUAUUCACGAUUCUAAAUCAAAAGUUUGCUAAGUAAGAAGAUAAGGAUCGUGUGUUUGUGUGCGAGAGACAUGUUCCUGUGACGUGCAGGGUGGAGGGCUGGGAGAGAAGGGAAUGUUUAAUCACGCGUUAAUGUACAAAAAUAGAGCACACUGCCAAGCAGGCGAACAUUUAAAGUUGCCGUUCGAGUAUAUUCGAUAUAAACUCAAUCUCAGUGGUGCAUUGAUAACAGUGGAGUUGUUAUCUCGCGAUGUUUCCAUCAUCGUGUCUGCAUCGUCGGAUCUCGAUGAAUAGCUUUGUACGUGAAAACUUGCGAAUGCUCUCUUAGUCCCAUUAUGUAAGAUAUAUUGUAUAUCUUUCGAUACUAUGUAUUAACGAAUGCGAAACCCAUAUAAAGUAUGCUGAUUGAACGUCGAA